CCCUCGGAGCAGCGACGCGACGCGGUCUCUCUCUCUCUCUCUCUCUCUCUCUCUCUCUCUCUCGCCCCCUCCUCUUCCUCCCUCCUCUUCCUCCCCCUCCCUCCUUCCUCCUCCUCCUCCUACCUGAUUCAGAUUCGCUCCGACGCGAUGCGUACGACCGCGUCUCUCUCUGCAAGCCGAGCUCCGCCGGAGAGACCCGCACGCCGCCGCUGACCGCCGGCCGCGAGCACCCCAUCGCCGGGCAACAGGAGCGGGAGACGCCGCCGCUGGUUCACCUCUGGGAGAGGAAGAGGAGGAAAUUGACGGGCGAAGACUUGGCCCUGGAUCGGAAAAAGAGAGAGAGGACGACGACGAGCGUGUCGUCCCGUUCAUCACUCUCCUCCUCUGCUUGGUGGACCUUUCACGUCUCCUCCUCCUCCUCCGCCUCCUCCUCCUCUUCUAUCCCUCCUUCUUCCUCUCCUCUUUUAUUCUCAACUCCUCGUCUUCUCCCCUAUUUCUCGCCUCUCGACUCAUCAUGGCGUCCAAACUCAACCCCAACGUCCUGUACGUGGCGGGGCCGGGCGAGGCGCUGGGCUCGCCCCAGGCCGACGCCGAGAGGACUCACAUCUCUGGAGAAGCUGGAGAAGAGUCGUCGGACAGCGACGGCGAACAAGAAGAAACGCUGCACAAACUCAUCCGCAAGGUGUCGACGUCGGGACAGAUGAGGGCCAAGAAAAGCGUGAAGGAGGGAAUCCUGCUGAAGCAGACCAGCUCCUUCCAGAGAUGGAAGAGGAGAUACUUCAAACUGCGAGGGAGGACGCUGUACUACGCCAAAGACUGCAAGUCUCUGAUCUUUGACGAGGUCGACCUGUCGGACGCCAGCGUGGCCGAGACGAGCACCAAGAACAUCAACAACAGCUUCACGCUCAUCACUCCGUUCCGUAAACUGAUGCUGUGUGCCGAGAGCAGGAAGGAGAUGGAGGACUGGAUCGGAGCGCUCAGAUCCGUCCAGAAAUGGGAAACGUACGAGGCCUCCCAGUUCAACAUGGAGCAUUUCUCCGGGAUGCACAACUGGUACGCCUGCUCGCACGCCAGGCCGACCUUCUGCAACGUCUGCAGGGAGGCUCUGCCAGGCGUCACCUCCCACGGCCUGUCCUGUGAAGUUUGUAAGUUCAAGGCUCAUAAACGUUGUGCGGUCCGCUCCACCAACAACUGCAAGUGGACCACGCUGGCCUCCGUAGGAAAUGACAUCAUGGAGGAUGAGGAGGGGGUGCCCAUGCCUCACCAGUGGCUGGAGGGAAACCUGCCGGUCAGCGCCAAGUGUGUGGUGUGUGAUAAGAACUGUGGCAGCGUGCGGCGGCUGCAGGACUGGCGCUGCCUCUGGUGCAAAGACAUCGUCCACAACAGCUGUAAAGAACAAAUGGGGAAGGUUUGUCCCUUGGGUCAAUAUCGAGUGUCCAUCAUUCCUCCCACUGCACUUAACAGCAUCGACUCAGAUGGCUUCUGGAAGGCCACGUCGGCGUCCUGCUCCAGUCCGCUGCUCGUCCUCGUCAACUCCAAGAGCGGCGACAACCAGGGCGUCAAGUUCCUCCGCAAGUUCAGGCAGCUGCUGAACCCGGCGCAGGUCUUCGACCUGAUGAACGGAGGACCGGAGCUCGGCCUUCGCCUUUUCCAAAAGUUCGUGACGUUCCGUAUCCUGGUGUGCGGAGGAGACGGCAGCGUGGGCUGGGUGCUCUCCGAGCUCGACAAGCUCAACCUCCACAAACAGUGUCAGCUGGGAGUUCUGCCCCUGGGCACGGGGAACGACCUGGCCCGGGUGCUGGGCUGGGGAGGCCUCUGCGACGACGAUGCUCAGCUGCUGCAGAUCCUGGAGAAGCUGGAGAGAGCCACCACCAAGAUGCUGGACCGGUGGAGCGUGAUGACCUACGAGUUGCCUGCCUUCAGUAAACACGCGCCGCUGGUGAAGGACGACGACGACGCUCCCCUGCAGGUCCACAUCACGCAGUACGCCGACUCGGUGGCCUCCCACCUCGCCAAGAUCCUGGACUCGGACAAGCACAGCGACGUCAUCUCCUCUGCCAAGUUUCUGUGUGGGACGGUGAACGAUUUCGUGGCGGAGGUGGGGAAGGCGUACGAGCGAGCCACGGAGAACAAGGAGGAGGCCGACGCCAUGGCAAAGAAGUGUGCGCUGCUGAACGACAAGCUCGACUCUCUCGUCAAGGCCUUAAGUGAAGAAGCAGAAGCUCAGGUGGUGCCAGCAGGUUCCGUUCCCAGCCAGGAGAGUGGCGGCGAUGGCGAUGGCGAUGGCGGCUCGAGUCCCGGCGAAAGUGGCGGAGACUCGGGUUCGGAGGGCAAGACGUACCGGUCCAAGGAGCAGCUGAUGCUCCGGGCCAACAGCCUGAAGAAAGCCCUGCGGCAGAUCAUCGAGCAGGCGGAGAAAGUGGUGGAAGAGCAGAACCAGCACACGCAGGUCCAGAGGAUGUCGUCCUCGUCCUCCAUCAAGAGGGAAAACAGCGAGGAGCUGAAGGACGCUGAGCCACGUGUGGGAAACCUGAGUCCCACCUCCCCCAUCGUCCUGGAGAAACCAGAGAGCCUCAACACCGUCACCUUCAUCGAGGACUCUGUACAAUGUUCGGAGAAGUGUGUGAUGAACAACUAUUUCGGCAUCGGCCUGGACGCCAAGAUUUCCCUGGAGUUCAACAACAAGAGAGACGAGCAUCCGAAAAAAUGCAGCAGCCGCACCAAGAACAUGAUGUGGUACGGAGUUCUGGGAACCAAAGAGCUGGUCCAGAAGACGUACAAGAACCUGGAGCAGAGGGUCCAGCUGGAGUGCGACGGCGUUCCCAUGCCUCUGCCGAGCCUGCAGGGCCUGGCCGUGCUCAACAUCCCCAGCUAUGCCGGCGGCAUCAACUUCUGGGGCGGCACCAAGGAGGAUAAUAACUUCGGGGCUCCGUCGUUCGACGACAAGAAGCUGGAGGUGGUGGCGGUGUUCGGCAGCAUGCAGAUGGCCAUGUCCAGAGUCAUCAACCUGCAGCACCACCGCAUUGCACAGUGCCGUCAGGUAAAGAUCACCAUCCUGGGGGAGGAGGGGGUUCCUGUGCAGGUGGACGGAGAGGCCUGGAUCCAGCCGCCCGGCAUCGUCCAGAUUGUCCACAAAAACCGGGCACAGAUGCUCACCAGAGACCGGGCGUUCGAGAGCACGCUGAAGUCGUGGGAGGACAAGAGGAAGAUUGACAGCUACCGCGCCAGCAGGCCCCGCCUCAACUCACAGCAGUCCAUGGAGUACCUGACGGAGGAGGAGUGCGCUCAGGUGCAGCAGCUGGGCCUGGUGGCCGACACGCUCAUCAACAAGAUUCGAGAGGCGGCCAAGACCCACAAGCUGGUGGAGCAGGAGUUGGCCCACGCCGUCAACGCAACCGCCCUCGUGCUCACUGAGGCCAAACUGUCGAGCCCGGAGUGUCUGAGUCGCAGCACAGCGGUGGAAAUCGUCAACAGCAGUAAAGUUCUCCAGGCCGAGACAAGGAUGCUGCUCGAUGGAAAACUACUGUCGGAGUCUCCGGAGGAAGAGGAGCUCCGGUCGACCCUGAACAGCCUCAGUGCCGAGCUCCACAAGCUGGACGACAUCCACUGGAUCUGUCCACUCAUGCAGUGCUCAGAGGAGGACUCUGUGAGGUGCAGCAGUAAGAGCAGCAGCAUGAAGCUGAAGAUCAUUCCCAAGGUGAAGAAGGACAGAGAGAAGCUCCACAAGCAGAAGUCCAACAGCUCACUCUCAGGUGAAAGAUCAGGAACUUGGGAAAUCAGAGGCGGCGGAGUCAACGAUGCAGAUUUCUCAGGCAACUGAAGGUCCUUCAUGCUUUACCCUGACCACCGGGGGUCCCUAGUUCUCCUCCCACCCCGAGGCCCAGAGGGAGAAAAGGAAUCAUCCCAACUAUUUCCUGCCAGUUUUACUUCUUUGUCCUUUUUUCUGAAAACAGGGAGGAUUUAUUUAAUUUUUUUUUCCCGUUGUUGAAUAUUUUUUGAACGGGGCUUUGCUUUGCUUCACCAUCAGCAUUUGGCUUUUGGUUCUGUUGAGCUGGGGAAUGGCUGACGGCAAAACCCAACAGGACGAGGGGAGCGACAGAACUCCGCCCCUCAAACACAAUGUUUACGUGCUGCUUUCCUUUGCAUGUCGAGGGCAGCCAUCUUGUUUUGGAUCUGUCAUUGCAAUCUUUAAAAUAAUUAUUUUCCCUCUGACUUUUAAUUAUUUUGUUUUCUGAACUUACGGAAAUCCUUUUUCGGACUUUCUAAGAAUAUUUAUUUCUUGUUGCCACUGCCAUGAGAACUCCCAACGGCAACAAAAUGAACAAACUAAAAAAGAUCUUAAAUGUUUAACAAACAAAAAAAAAUAUAUAUAUACAUACCUAGGAGUGUACUUGUGUGGACUCGUAUUAACCUGAAAAUAAUGAUAACGUCAAAUGAUGAUUCAUCUUAUGAUUUCACAAAGGUUCUAUUGUCGUGGUCCUACAGUGGUUCUUGACUCGUGCGGUCCGAAGGCUAUGCAGUCGUCUCACCGGGAGAAAAGAUCUGUGACGUUCGGUACAUCGCUGGAUGACUUUGAUGUUUUCAGUAGUUUACAGUAGAUUACAGUGAUGGUGUUUACAGGAGGAGGACGCAUCGCUCAGCUCUUUACUUUGCCAAACUCUUGAUUGUAAUAUGUAACAUAAGAGUCAGUGGACAUUUGAUUUUUUUGUUUGGCCUCGUCUGUGGUUUAAAGCUAUUAUUAUCAUUACUGUUAUUACAAAUAUAUAUAAAUAUAUAUAUUUUUUGUAUAUCUUAUUUUCCCAAAUAUCUGUGAAGCUGUCAGGCUUUGCUGCUUCCCCCCUCGUGACCAACUCUUCGGCCGCUGUGCGUGUAGUCGCAGCCGGUUGAUGCUGUCGUGUUUCUGCAUGAAGAGUAAACCUCCCGUCGCCUCCGAACAGUGAGUUUGAGUCCGUUUGAUUUAACAGAGAGAUACAAGUGAACGCCUGUCGAACACUUAACACGCGCUGCUGUUUGGACGUGGCUGAAAUUCUGACGUUCACAAGUGUUCUACAGACGGAUUCUGCCGACGUUGUACAGAAACGGUCCUUAGAGGAAUAACACCCAUAUCUUUUUCGUAAUUCACAUUUUUGCUGUAUUCGUGCUUUCAGUAAAAAAAAACUCCCAGAUGUGAUUAGUUUAGCAAAAAGAAACAGGAAUAUUAUGAAGAAGCUUCCUUCUUCUCCUUAAACCACAUUUUCUUUUACUGUUCACACGGUAAAUAAGACUUUUGGUUGAAGGAACCUUUGUCCCGCUGUGUCCCUUGCUAAGCUAAACUAAGCUAUGCCGCUCAUGAAGCUAAAGGUGAUCUAGGGAUUACAGCAAAAAUGUGAAUUAUUAUAGAGAUUAGACUUGAGUGAAAUUGAAGCGUAGUUAAUUGUUAAAUUAAAUUGACACUGUGCAACUUCACCACCUUGAAAACUACAAAAAAAAAAUUGUCAUGGUCAGAAACGCACUUUGACUCAGGUCUGAUGGAGAUACUUUUGAUUUCAGAGAUUGAACUUGUGGAGGAUAAGUUUCUGUUCUUCUGGGUCGCUUGUCUGUUCUCAGCUGUUGCCCACGUUCAUCGAGCUUCACCCGCGAGGCGUCGUUAGAUGUUCUGGUAGGAUUGUGCUACUGUAUAUCCAUAAUGUGCCGGCUACACAGCUCCACCCCUCCGAGGCUUUAGUGGUGUCGUGCCAAGUUUGUCCUUGAGUGUGUUGGACAAUGAGACGCGCGAGUGUGUGUUUGAGCUGUUUGCGCUUCAGAUGCAAAGUCGUCGUAUGUCGUACAUUUCAAAGUUUACUGUAUCUUGCCUUGCACUUUACGAAGCAAACUCAACUCGAUGGGGAGAAAAAAUACGUUUUACUGUACAUGUGCGCGCGUGUGUUAUAAGAUUUCGAGUGGUUUCAAGAGUUUGUUGAUUUAAUGACAAAAUCUUUUUAUUUAUGUCAACGUAUACGGACAAAUGUGUGUGAUGAUGAAAUGUUUAAUAUCUAACCAAACAAAAGAGUGAUACAUGUAAGUGGUUGUGCAAUUCCUCCCACAGCAGCUUGAAAACCUCCCAUUUACUCUAACACCGAUAUCAUCACGUGAUUGUGUCGCUCCACUGCCACUGUCUUUGCCUUUCAGAUUUGUCUUUGCCUUUCAGAUUUGACACCAAUCGGGACAGGAUUUUUUUUUUAAGUUAUUGUAACUUUUAAGCCAAAGUUAUAGAAAUUAACUCCAGUGUUAUUACAGACUCUUAAUGAAUCGUUUACACAUAAAAAAAGAAAGAUGUCAUGUACAGCCUGUGUUCAGUGGAUAUCUGGGUGAAAUGUUUGUGUAUCACUUUUGAUUUGAUUUGCAUUUGUUGUGCAAAAAAAUACAACACAACACAAUCUUUGUGUUUGGGACAUGUGUGGAAGCCAUUUAAGAUUAAAAAAAAGCUAGUUGCUGAUGUUUAAUGAUCUUUUCACCAAUCAUUUCUUUUUAAAUAUAGAAAUAUUCAAUUUCUUUGUGUAAUAUUUUGUCCUUUUUCCUUUUUCAAGCAGUGAAAAUUAAAUUUUUAGACUGAAAAUCUUCCAAGGAGCUGAAAAACUGAAAUAUACUAAACACUCCAUGUUUGUGCAACAGUUUUCCAUAGACGAUAUCAGUGAAUCUGAACAGCCUGUGUGGAGACGGUGGAAACCAGACUCGAUGUUGCACGACCGUGUACGUCGCGAGGUGUUUUAUUGUGUUAUCGUGUGAAGUGUGUAACAAAGACAAAGUCAGUGCAACCUUUUGGAGAUUAAAAAAGUAAGUGAAGUAAA